AAAGUUAUUUUUUCAAUGUUUUUUUUUUCAGAAAAGUCAUGUGGUGUGCCCCCAGCAAUCCCAAAUGCUUCAUUAGAGCAAGACGUUAAAAUACAAUAUGAUGCUGGAAAAACAAUAAAUUAUACAUGUAAUAUUGGGUUUGCUGCUAAAGAACCAACUAGCAAAAUAUGUAAAAAAGGAAACUGGGUGGGAUCUUUCACUUGUGAAGAUACAACCUGUCCAGAACCCCCUACAGUUGAAAAUGCGAUAAUUAUGGAAGAUAGAAGAGAAAAGUACCUGCCCGGCCAGAAAAUAAAUUAUCAGUGUAAUGAUGGUUUUGAACUAUCUGGAUCAGCUACUGUAACAUGUACAGAAAAGAAGUGGUUACAUUUACCAAGAUGUGAAGAUGUAUCGUGUAUUUCUCCCCCUCAAAUUGAAAAUGGUCGGAUUAAUGGUCUAAUAAAGGAAAGGUAUUUGCCCCUGGAGAAGGUGAGCUAUCGAUGUCACUCGGGUUACAGUCUUAUUGGACGCUCUUACGUUACAUGUGUGAAGAAACUUUGGACAGAAAAACCACAUUGUGCAGAUAUGAAGGGAAAAUGUGGACGCCCACCUCUUGUGGAUGAUGCAGACGUCUUGCAGACACUCAAGUCAACCUAUUCCUCAUAUGAAUUUGUAACUUAUCAAUGCCAAAAUCGUUAUACAAUGGAAGGAUCUCCAAGAGUGACUUGUCAAAAUGGCCAUUGGUCCCAAGCACCAACAUGCAGAGUUCCUUGUACAGCAAGUGAAGAAGAUAUGAGAAAAAACAAUAUAAUACUGAAGUGGAAGGACUCUGAUAAAAUAUAUUCUGAGGCUGGAAAUACAGUUGAAUUUCAGUGUAAAAGAGGCUAUCAUCCACAUCCAAAUUCCAGGCCAUUUAGGGUUCGUUGCGUGGAUGGGAAAUUUCAGUAUCCACAUUGCAUUGAUGUGUCUUUUGAUACACGUGACUGCCAAAAUGACUGCAGUCGUUAAUCCCAGUUGGAUAGAAUCAGUCAUGAACGUAGCUGAAUGCUCUAAGUAAAUGAAUGACACGACAUAUACAGCAGCCUUUUUGAACCAGGAGAUGGAUGUCAAAAAUCAUAUACCGUUUUCUUUCAUAUGACCACGUGAAGCUGGAUUCUCCUUUUCAAAAAUUUAUUUUGUCUGGACUGUCUACAGCUAUUAACAAUGGAUCUGAACCUAAAAGCCUACUUUGUAAAAGCCACAUUUUACCAACUGUUAUUACUGGGAAAAUGAUACGAUUUAUAAACAAGUUUGUAGACAUCUUUAAGGCAGAUAAAGUAUUAUAAUGUAGUAUUAUAUGCGUUUUUAAAAAUAUAUCUAGAGUUAGGAAUGUAGUUUUUUUCCAUAUAGAGUUUAGCUGUAAACAUUUGAUUAAUCAGAAUUAUCAGUCAGCAGCCCAUAUUAAAGUAAUGACAAGGGAUAAUUGGAAUGUAUACUUUUAGCAUAUAGAUGUGUUGAGUUCUUUAAAAAAUAAAAAAAAUCCAAAAAUGA